CUCUAUGAUAACAUGAACACGUGUAACUGGUAAAUGACUACAUACAAUAUGAAUUCAAUGCGCGAGUGCAUAGGAGGAUUCCGCACAUUACGCGCAUGCGCUUUGUGCCCUAAAUUUCGUUAUGGCUGACAUGGACUGGCCAGGCUGUGCAAAGAGUUUGAAAGGUGUCAUUUUGGACAUGUGUGGCGUUUUAUACGACAGCGGGGAGGGAGACGGGGUUGCCAUUCAAGGUUCGGUUGAAGCUGUGAAAAAGCUUAAAACAUGUGGCCUGCAGCUGCGCUUCUGCACCAAUGAGACGCAGGCCAACAGAGAGAAGUUUGUGGCAAAACUGGGAAGACUGGGCUUUGACAUCUCUGUGCCUGAGGUCUUCUCUCCCGCACCUGCAGCCGUAGCCGUCCUUAAAGAGAGAGGUUUACGGCCCCACCUGCUGGUGUAUGAUGGACUUCUCCCAGAGUUUGACACUGUUGACAAAACCAACCCAAACUGUGUGGUGAUUGGAGAUGCUGCAGACAAGUUUUCGUAUGAGAACCUGAAUGAGGCAUUCAGGGUCCUGUUAGGCCUGGAGAAACCGGUGCUGUUAUCUUUGGGUCAAGGGAGGUAUUACAAAGAGACAGAUGGUUUGAAACUCGAUGUUGGUGUUUACAUGAAGGCUCUGGAGUAUGCCUGUGAUUUAAAGGCUGAAGUGAUUGGAAAACCUUCCCCGAUGUUCUUCCAGAGUGUUCUCGAUGACAUGGGACUACAACCACAUGAGGUGCUGAUGAUCGGCGAUGAUCUGGUGAGCGAUGUAGGUGGAGCCCAAAACUGUGGCAUGAAAGGUGUACAAGUCAGGACCGGAAAGUACAGGCCAAGUGACGAGAGGCAUGCAACGGUGACGGCAGACGGCACUGUGGACAACCUGGCCCAGGCUGUGGACCUGAUCUUGAAUCAAAGGAACUGAGGACAAAGCGUUGAACACUGAAAAACACUCUGCUUAGUGAGAACUGAGGGAUACAGGAAGAUGCACGACACAUAUUUAAUAAGUGUUAUUUCCAGUUGGAAGGGUGUAGAAAGCAAUAUAAAGUGAAAAUAACCUCCCUAAACUGUACGUGUAUAUCCUGUAACUGUCACAACUCAUUAUACUGCCAAAUACGGGAAACACCCGCCUUUCUGGCGCUCCAUUAAGUGCAAAACAAGGAAAUUCACCCAGGUGUACAUGAAAUAAUGUUGAACACAGAAGCAUUUUUUUCACUGCAUGAUUGACAUAGACAGAAUACCUCAGGCUGACAUGAAUGUGCAUGUAACCUGCAGCUGACUGACAGUUUGAAGGGUAAGAUAUUCUGUGUGUUCAAACAACCUCAUAAUGUUACUCAAUAAAAACAACUUUUUGUGGAGAUAGUUUACAUGAAGACAGUUUGUAGUAAAACUAGAAAUACAUCAUGUCAUCAUAUUCCCAUGGCAGCCGUUUUCCUCUGAUGUCAUGCUCAGGGGGGGGGGAAGGUCAAAUUCUGGCUGUGUCCGAGACCGCAUAUCUUUCAUACCAGUGAUACUGACUAUGAUGUCAAACUGAGUGUGUGGUGCGUUCCAAACACAUGUUUGUGCUAGUAAAACGAUUCACAAAAUUUUGGAUACUUGACAAACUUGAAUAUAAAUUAGCAGUAGUAACGGUGGUUUGUAACCCUUUCAAAAGAAAUAAUGUCGUUUGGCGUCCCCUCGUCGAUGCAAACAUGUUCAUGUCUGAAAGCCCAUACUUUCAUUCCAUUAAUACUGAGUGUGACGUCACAUUGUGUAUCUGGUGCGUUCUGGAUUCAUUGUUGUAGUAGCAUGAGACAAAAUUCAUAGUAUGCCGUUUUGUGUAUGGGAAAAAUCCCUGGAUGAAUACUAAAUUGGCCCACAAUGCACUGCAGCUCUUCAGAAUAUCAAAUGGCAGAGCUUGCCAGCCAGACAACAUGGCUGUGGCCGAAUGAUAUUCAAAUAACGACUUUGCUGUACGAGUAAAAUACACAUUUAUACGCUCCAAGUUGUACUAUCGCUGGGAAUGUGGCAAGUAUUUCUCAGUUUUUAGCAUCAAGAUUGUUUAUUAAAAGAAUAAAAAAGUUAAUUGAUGGUACAAAAAAUCCAGAUAAUAAAAAAAAAAACAAUUAGCUUCUUUAAGACAACAGCUAAAAUUAGCAUUAAACUAUUUCUUAUCUACUUUUUUUUUGAUUGUGUCACACAUUAAGACAGGAGUGGUCCAGUGUUUUUAACCUCCAGGCUUCAAUAAUUGUGCCCAAAAUGUGUGUUACCAUUUCAGAUUUCAUUUUUUUGUCUCUUCUCCUGUUGUGUGAAACACUACCAACAUGUUAGCAAGGAAGUUUGUUUUAUGCUAACAUUAGCUCUUGGCAAAAGUAGUCAAUGGUUUAUGUAAUGUGUAGUUUUGCCAGGAAAACAUAUUUGUAGCUUCUGAUAAGUUAGGGAGGAGUAAAAUCAUGAAUAUUUGUCGUAUUUCUUUACAUGUGUACUACAUGCAACAUGACACAGUUGUAUAUUUAUAACAGCAUUUAGCUCCCAAACCUGACGUCAGAGAUUAGAUAUCAGCCAUGUGUUUGGGGUAAAUUAGAACUUAGCUAUUUUAACAAAUAUUGUAAGUCGUGUAUAUAUGACUGUAAUAUUGUUGCAGCUCACUCCCUCUACAAAACAUGUGCAGAAUCUUAAUAAAGUCCUGUAGUGGGGGAGUAGUCUUUGAUGACAAUAGAAUCUGAAUAAAGAGAUUUUUUUCUAGUCUUGAGAGCUGUUAAAAACA